CACAAACAGAAACAGAAACACAAGCAACAAGCAGCAAGUUGCAAGCGGCAAAAGCAACAGCAGUUGCGAAGUGAAGCGUUUCCACUGACCACGCCCACCCCCGCGGCUGAGCAGUCCGCCCCCUUCAGCAAUUUUCCGAUUUGGCAGCGCAUCGUUUCCGAGAAAUCUUGCGUGCGCCGGGAAAACUGAAGCGCCAGUGUCGGUUGGUUAACAAGAGAACUCAGAACUCAGAACCCAGACUAUACCCUCUUUUUUUUCGAGUGUGCGAACCAGUUUUUUUUGUGUGUGCCCAAACCAAGAACAACAACAGCCACCACUGCAGCAACUGUGAUGGCAGAUCAGCCAAAGGCAACGACAACCGCGACCGGAGGAGCAGCUGGCCCACUUCCUGAAGGCGACGCCGUGAUGGCCACCACCAACCAGGACGCACUGGCCAAAGGAGCCGGAGUUGGGCCUGCCCAGGACGCGGCCCAGGAACCAGGCCAGGCGCAGCACGGAGAGCCCGCGGAUGCUGGGGAUGCCGGCGACGAUGGAGCCACCGAUGCCGGGGCCAGCUCGCUGCCCCCCUCCGAGAUUGGUGGCCGGGCGCCCCUGGACACGGCCUGCUCGGACGCCGACGGAGGAGCCCCCUCCAGCCUGGCCGGCGGCAUUGUGGGACCGCCCAGUCCGCUCACCGGCUGCUACCUCCUCAUCGUGCUGGGGGAGCCGCACUCCGAGGAGCACAAGGACAAUAUCUUGCAGCAUCUGCUCAAGGGUUUCCUCUCCUGGGACGUUUCCGAUUGUCACGUCGACUUGGAGGAGGAGCUCAAUACAAUAACACAGCAUGCGCCCGAGGGCGAGGAGGCUCGUCACGGCGAACGACUCAUCCAGUAUGCCAGCGAGAAUCUGGUCACGGAGGUGCUCAUCCACCCGCAGUACAAUACGCUGAUCCAGUGCAUGCGAAACCUGCUCAGCAGUUUCACCCGCCACCGGCACAUCAUCCACGCCGGCUACACCUUCAGUGGCAAUGGUUCCUGGAUAUUGCAGGACGGAACCUUCUCGGUGGCGGACUUCUCUGAGGCCUUCCAGGAGCACGACGUACAAAGGGUGAUUCGGGCCUAUGCGGACACCAUCACCAUGAACAUCCACUGCGCGGACGCGGGUCUGUGGCACACUUUGCCCGAGAAGGCCUUUGCGCGCCAGUGCCGGAUACGGAUCAAUCCCGUGGACGUCCUGGACACGAGCAGCGAGUGUAUCAAUGGAUUCAUUGAUUACCUCGCGCCCAUGGUGAUGCCGACCUCGCUGAGGGAGCUGCUUGAGACCUCGGACGUGGUGGGAAACAUCCGCUUCACCCAUCCAACGUUAUAUGUCUUCCCCGGCGGCCAGGGUGACGCGGCGCUCUUCGGCAUCAACGGCUUUAAUAUGCUUGUUGACGGCGGCUUCAACCGGAAGGCGUGCUUCUGGGACUUCGCCCGGCACCUGGACCGCCUGGACGCGGUGCUGAUGACGCGCCUAAACAACAGCAACGUACAGGGUCUGGGUGCGGUCGUGUCGCGCAAGCGGGACGCGCACGUCUACCCCCAGAUCGGGCACUUUUUCGGCAAUGUACCUGACCGCAAGGGCCUGCCCAGCCCCGACGGCGAUAAGGACCGCGAUCCGCUGCUGAUCGAUCUAUUCGAGCGUGGACACGGUAUCGUUAGUGACCUGAAGGCGCUGGAUCUAAAGCCGCAGGGCUGCUACCGCAACCAGGAGCCGGUCAACCUUUACCACAAGGUCGGCCACGGCACUCUGGACAUGUAUGUGAUAAGCCCAGCGCGCGACUCCAAGGAAGUGAAGGAGUUUCUCCAGAAGUGGCAUGCCGGCGACCAGCGGCUCUUUGCCGCUCGGGAGUCGCGCGACUUCAACUUCCCGCUGCAAAACUUGGUAUCCAUUUGCGCCCUGCUCGUUUGGCAACCAGCCAACCCGGACGACACCAUCACUCGUAUUCUCUUCCCGGGCAGCACACCCGAUUUCAAGAUCCAGGAGGGCCUAGAGAAGCUGAAGCAUCUGGAGUUCAUGAAACACUCCACAUGCACAGCAAAGUCGAUUGCCCCAGCCAUUCAGACCGUGACCUCAACUCGCAAGAGCCUAAAAUCGGCCAUCGAAGCGACUCCAGCCCCGCCCAGCGCCAGCUACAAGUCCACAAAGUUUAGUCCGGUGGCCAGUGCCGCCCUAGCCGUCCAACAUCCGCAGCAGCAGGAUAACAAAGCGAAGGAGGCUGCGGCUGCGGCAGCUGCGGCGGCUGCUGCUGCAGCGGCUACCGCAGCUACCAUUGCCCGCGCCAAAGCCGAUUCCAUGGACACGGAUGCGGAACCGGAGCACGAGGCAGACCCUGAACCUGCGGACACUGGGGACGAGGCUGCUCCCACAGAGCAGGAGCCUGAGCCGGAGACUGAGCCCGAACCCGAACCCGAGCAUGAACCCGAAGCCGAGCAGGACAAGGAUGCUGGUGAGGAGAAGAAGGUGGAAGUGUUGAUCAUGAAGCCCCAGCAGGCAGCAGCUCCAGCAGUAGUCGCAGCAUCUGGCAAAGAUGCAGUAGAUGCAACUCCUGCCGAUGCGACGCCAACCGGCAAGCUGAGCAAAGCGUCAGCCAAGGGCAAGGCGGACAAGCCGCGUGCCGAGGUUAAGCCGGUGGUACGCUCCCGCAUCGACACCAAGCCCCCCAAGUCCAUGGACCGGAAACUGGCCAAACGGGAUGAGAAAAAGAGCUCGCCCACAGCCACGCCGGCCGCCCGGGCACCUGUAGCCCGAGAUGCCAAGCCUAAAGUGCUGAGCCGCCCGGCAACCAAGUCCAGUCCCAGCAGCACUCCUGCUAAGAGUGCCAAGGAGGCCAACAACCGGAAAGUGCUCGAGUCCAAGCAGCAGGCGGCUCGAGUGCAGGCCACCAGCACCGUCUCUAGGCGGGUUACAAGCACUGCCAGCGAAAGGCGUGUCCAACAGCAGACGGAAGCGAAGACAGCGGCGACUGGGGCCGCCCAAGCGACCCAGAGGAAACCAAUCUCGAGAAGACCUCGCGGCGUUUCACCCUCGAAGCGGGCACCAGCACCCGGAAGUCCGGUGAAGCAAGCGAAGCCAAAGGCGGCUGACUUGAAAAAGGCACGUUUGGACAAGGGGGGCACCACCGACUCUAGUCUGGUGUCCACCCCCUCCGCAGACGAGGCCACGGCUGCCAAGAAACUGCAAGACCUAACCGCAUCUCAGGAACUUGACGCAGAGAAGCAGCGUGAGUUGGACGACCUUAAGGAGGAGCAGGAGGUGGUACGGGAGAUAGAAGCUGUGUUUAGUCGCGAUGAAAUGAAGCGACAGCAGCACCAACAGAUCAAGGCCGAGCUCCGAGAAAUGCCUGCCGAGGGAACUGGCGAUGGCGAAGAUGAGCCUGACGAAGAGGAGGAGUAUCUGAUCAUCGAAAAGGAGGAAGUGGAGCAAUAUACCGAAGACUCGAUCGUAGAACAGGAAAGCAGCAUGACCAAGGAGGAGGAGAUCCAGAAGCACCAGCGUGAUUCGCAGGAAUCAGAGAAGAAGCGCAAGAAGAGCGCCGAGGAGGAGAUCGAGGCGGCCAUUGCCAAGGUGGAAGCCGCUGAGCGUAAAGCGCGACUCGAGGGUGCCUCUGCGCGGCAGGAUGAGUCGGAGCUGGACGUAGACCCGGAGCAAAGCAAGAUAAAAGCCGAGGUGCAGGAUAUCAUUGCCACUGCCAAGGAUAUUGCCAAGUCACGCACCGAGGAGCAGUUGGCCAAGCCCGUAGAGGAGGAGCUCUCGUCGCCAACUCCCGAAGAGAAGCUGAGCAAAAAGACAUCGGAUACAAAGGACGACCCAGUCGGAGCUCCAGUCGACGCUUUACCCGUAAAUCUUCAAGAAAGCCUACCCGAAGAGAAGUUUUCGGCUACCAUUGAGUCUGGGGCCACCACUGCUCCUACACUACCCGAGGAUGAGCGCAUUCCGCUGGAUCAGAUAAAGGAGGACCUCGUGAUCGAAGAGAAAUAUGUGAAGGAGGAGACCAAGGAAGCGGAGGCUAUCGUGGUGGCCACCGUACAGACUCUUCCCGAAGCAGCUCCUUCGGCAAUCGAGGCCAUCCUUGCCGCAACCACCAAGGAUGCCCUUAAAGACGCCAAUGCCGAGGUUCUAGGUGAGCUACCCGACUCUGGCGAACGGGUGCUGCCCAUGAAGAUGACAUUUGAGGCGCAGCAGAACCUUCUGCGCGAUGUCAUUAAAACGCCUGAUGAAGUUGCAGAUCUACCCGUCCAUGAGGAAGCCGAUCUUGGGCUGUACGAGAAGGACACCCAGGACGCCGGCGCCAAAAGUAUCUCCCACAAAGAGGAGUCCGCAAAGGAAGAAAAGGAGACCGACGACGAAAAGGAGAACAAGGUGGGAGAGAUCGAGUUGGAGGAUGAACCGAAAAAGGUGGACAUCUCUCACGUGCUACUCAAAGAGUCAGUACAGGAAGUGGCCGAGAAAGUCGUGGUCACUGAAACUACAGUAGAGAAGAAGCAGGAGGAAAAGGUGACCAUAGCAACCGAGAAGAUUGUGGAGGCAACUAUAGCCACGACGCAAGAAUGCCAGGCAGAUCUACUGGAGCACGAACAACUAGAAUCAGGAAUCAUUACCGAAAAGGAGGCCAAGAAGUCGGCAAGCACUCCCGAGGAAAAAGAGACCAGCGACAUUACAUCCGAUGAUGAGCUUCCAGCCCAACUGGCGGAACCAACCACAGUGCCACCCAAAUCAGCCAAAGAACGCGAAGACACCGGCUCCAUUGACAGUCCCCCCACCAUUGAGGAGGCCAUUGAGGUGGAGGUGCAAGCCAAGCAGGAAGCCCAAAAACCAGAGCCAGCUCCGGAGGAGACCACAAAGGCCGAAAAGUCACCACUUGCCUCGAAGGAGGCCUCCCGGCCUGAAUCUGCGGCAGAAAGCGUCAAGGAACACUCUGAGCAGCCGGAAUCCAAGAAAGCCCCAGAGCCCUCCCGACCCGAAUCUGAGGCAAAGGAUACCAAGUCUCCCCUCGCCUCAAAAGAAGUUUCUCGACCGGAAUCCGUUGCGGAAAGCGUCAAAGAUGAAGCAGCAAAACCGGAGAGUCGACGAGAAUCCGUUGCCGAAACUCACAAGGAUGAAAGUUCUCUUGACAAAGCUCAGGAGCGGGAAAGCCGUCGCGAAUCUCUUGCGGAGAGCAUCAAGCCAGAAAGUACAAAAGAUGAAAAGUCUGCCGCGGCCUCGAAGGAACCCUCCAGACCAGAAUCUGUGGCAGAAAGCGUACACGUCGAGGCAGACAAGUCAAAGGAGCCGUCCCGCCGCGAAUCUAUCGCAGAAAGCUUAAAGGCCGAAAGCACGAAAGAUGAAAAGUCAGCACCAGAAUCUAAGGAAGCUUCCCGGCCAGGAUCUGUGGUGGAAAGUGUUAAGGACGAGACUGAAAAGUCGAAGGAACCAUCGCGACGGGAGUCAAUAGCUGACAGUGCCAAACCCGCUAUUGCAUCUAAAGAAGUCUCAAGGCCCGAGUCGGCAAUUGAAAGUGUCCAGGACGAAUCUGAGAAGCCCGAAAGUCAUCGGGAUUCCCCCCUUGCCUCGAAGGAGGCUUCCCGGCCAGAAUCUGUAUUGGAAAGCGUCAAAGAUGAACCAAUUACAUCCACAGAAGAGUAUCGCCGUGAGUCGGUGGCGGAAAGCGUCAAAGCCGAUAGUACAAAGGACGAAAAGUCCCCACUUGCAUCCAAGGAUAUAUCGCGACCGGAAUCGGCUGUGGAAAAUGUGAUGGAUGCAGUAGAAAAAUCGGCAGAGCGGUCGCAGCCAGAAUCCGUUACAGCCUCCAGGGAUGUCUCCAGACCGGAAUCAGUAGCGGAAAGUGAAAAGGAUGACACGGACAAGCCUGAAUCUGUUGUUGAAAGCGUUAGGCCUGCAUCCGAUGUUGUUAAAAGCGAGAAAGAUGCGGCCGAUAAGGAAAAAAGCGUUUGCGAAUCACCUGAGAGUAGAAAGCCAGAUAGCCCGUCCGCCGAAAGGUCGCCAAUGCCUGUAGAGGUUAUCUCAAGGCCAGAAUCCGUAGUAGAGAGCGUAAAGCCAGAGAGCCGUCGUGAGUCCGCUACUGAAAGCGUUCUUCCAUGCAGUACCAAGGACUCCAAAGAACCAUCCCGACCAGAAUCCAAAGUAGAAAGCGUCAAAGAUGAAGCUGAAGUAUUGAAGAGUCCGUCCCGACGAGGAUCUGUGACAGAAUCACAGCCACUAAAGGAAGCGUCUAGGCCAGAAUCUGCUGUGGGUAGUGUGAAAGAUGAGGGUAUGUCCAAGGAACCUUCUCGACGUGAGUCGGGGGCGGAAAGCGUAAAAGGUGGAGCUGCCCAGUCCCAGGAGGCCUCUCGUCCCGCAUCCGUUGCAGAAAGUGCCAAGGAUGGGGCUGAGGAACUAAAGGAACUGUCUAGACCCGAAAGUAUUAAAGAUGAAAAAUCACCUUUGGCCUCCAAGGAUGUUUCCCGACCACUUUCCGUUGCAGAAAGUGUUAAGGAUGAGUCCAAGGAAGAAUCUAGGAGAGAGUCAGUAGCCGAAAAAUCACCUUUGGCCUCCAAGGAAGCUUCCAGACCAGCUUCCGUUGCAGAAAGUGUUAAGGAUGAAGCUGAGAAGUCUAAGGAAGAAUCUAGGCGAGAGUCGGUAGCCGAAAAAUCGCCUUUAGCCUCCAAGGAAGCUUCCAGACCAACUUCCGUUGCAGAAAGUGCUAAGGAUGAAGCUGAUAAGUCUAAGGAAGAAUCUAGGAGAGAGUCAGUAGCCGAAAAAUCACCUUUGGCCUCCAAGGAAGCUUCCAGACCAGCUUCCGUUGUAGAAAGUGUUAAGGAUGAAGCUGAGAAGUCUAAGGAAGAAUCUAGGCGAGAGUCGGUAGCCGAAAAAUCACCUUUGGCGUCCAAGGAAGCUUCCAGACCAGCUUCCGUUGCAGAAAGUGUUAAGGAUGAAGCUGAGAAGUCUAAGGAAGAAUCUAGGCGAGAGUCAGUAGCCGAAAAAUCACCUUUGGCCUCCAAGGAAGCUUCCAGACCAGCUUCCAUUGUAGAAAGUGUUAAGGAUGAAGCUGAGAAGUCUAAGGAAGAAUCUAGGCGAGAGUCGGUAGCCGAAAAAUCACCUUUGGCCUCCAAGGAUGUUUCCAGACCACUGUCCGUUGCAGAAAGUGUUAAGGAUGAAGCUGAACAGUCCAAGGAAGAAUCUAGGAGAGAGUCAGUAGCCGAAAAAUCACCUUUGGCCUCCAAGGAUGUUUCCAGACCACUUUCCGUUGCAGAAAGUGUUAAGGAUGAAGCUGAACUGUCCAAGGAAGAAUCUAGGAGAGAGUCAGUAGCCGAAAAAUCACCUUUGGCCUCCAAGGAAGCUUCCAGACCAGCUUCCGUUGCAGAAAGUGUUAAGGAUCAAGCCGAGAAGUCUAAGGAAGAAUCUAGCAGAGAGUCAGUAGCCGAAAAAUCACCUUUGGCCUCCAAGGAAGCUUCCAGACCAGCUUCCGUUGUAGAAAGUGUUAAGGAUGAAGCUGAGAAGUCUAAGGAAGAAUCUAGGCGAGAGUCGGUAGCCGAAAAAUCACCUUUGGCGUCCAAGGAAGCUUCCAGACCAGCUUCCGUUGCAGAAAGUGUUAAGGAUGAAGUUGAGAAGUCGAAGGAAGAAUCUAGGCGAGAGUCGGUAGACGAAAAAUCACCUUUGGCCUCCAAAGAAGCUUCCAGACCAGCUUCCGUUGCAGAAAGUGUUAAGGAUGAAGCUGAGAAGUCUAAGGAAGAAUCUAGGCGAGAGUCAGUAGCCGAAAAAUCACCUUUGGCCUCCAAGGAAGCUUCCAGACCAGCUUCCGUUGUAGAAAGUGUUAAGGAUGAAGCUGAGAAGUCUAAGGAAGAAUCUAGGCGAGAGUCGGUAGACGAAAAAUCACCUUUGGCCUCCAAAGAAGCUUCCAGACCAGCUUCCGUUGCAGAAAGUGUUAAGGAUGAAGUUGAGAAGUCUAAGGAAGAAUCUAGGCGAGAGUCAGUAGCCGAAAAAUCACCUUUGGCCUCCAAGGAAGCUUCCAGACCAGCUUCCGUUGUAGAAAGUGUUAAGGAUGAAGCUGAGAAGUCUAAGGAAGAAUCUAGGCGAGAGUCGGUAGCCGAAAAGUCACCUUUGGCCUCCAAGGAUGUUUCCAGACCACUUUCCGUUGCAGAAAGUGUUAAGGAUGAAGCUGAACAGUCCAAGGAAGAAUCUAGGAGAGAGUCAGUAGCCGAAAAAUCACCAUUGGCCUCCAAGGAUGUUUCCAGACCACUUUCCGUUGCAGAAAGUGUUAAGGAUGAAGCUGAACAGUCCAAGGAAGAAUCUAGGAGAGAGUCAGUAGCCGAAAAAUCACCUUUGGCCUCCAAGGAAGCUUCCAGACCAGCUUCCGUUGCAGAAAGUGUUAAGGAUGAAGCUGAGAAGUCUAAGGAAGAAUCUAGGAGAGCGUCAGUAGCCGAAAAAUCACCUUUGGCCUCCAAGGAAGCUUCCAGACCAGCUUCCGUUGUAGAAAGUGUUAAGGAUGAAGCUGAGAAGUCUAAGGAAGAAUCUAGGCGAGAGUCGGUAGCCGAAAAAUCACCUUUGGCGUCCAAGGAAGCUUCCAGACCAGAUUCCGUUGCAGAAACUGUUAAGGAUGAAGCUGAGAAGUCUAAGGACGAAUCUAGGCGAGAGUCGGUAGCCGAAAAAUCACCCUUGGCCUCCAAGGAAGCUUCCAGGCCAGCUUCCGUUGCAGAAAGUGCUAAGGAUAUCAAGGAUGAUCAAUCUCCUCUGGCGUCGAAAGAAGCGUCAAGACCCGAUUCUGUGGAAAGCGUUAAGGACGAUGUUGAGAAGCCAGAAAGUCGGCGUGAAUCUGUUGCAGAGAUUGUUACACACAAAGAAGCUAAGGACGAGAAAUCCCCAGCACCUUUGAAGGAUGUUUCACGACCAGAGUCUGUGGCGGAGAGUGUUAAAGAGGAUCCUGUCAAAUCCAAGGAACCAUCCCGUCGAGAAUCUGUCGCGGAAAGUGUCACAGCGGAAAGCGCUAAAGAUGACAAAUCUCCUUUGGCGUCCAAGGAAGCGUCAAGGCCAGAAUCGGUAGUUGAUAGCGUUAAGGACGAAGCUGUAGCUAUUGGUGUUGAUGCAAAAAGUUCCAUUUCUCCCAAAGAUAAAUCCCGUCCAGGUUCUGUUGCUGAAACUGUAUCAUCACCAAUUGAGGAAGCGACAAUGGAGUUCUCAGAGAUUGAAGUCGUAAAAAAAGCCAGCCUCGCUCUAAGCCUACAAGCUGUCCCUGGAGGAAAACUGCAAACGGAUUCCAGUCCUGUUGACGUGGCCGACGGUGACUUUUCGCAUGUUGUCGCAUCAGUGUCCACCGUCACGCCCACACUUACAAAACCUGCAGAGCUCGCAGAGAUUGGUGCAGCUAUAACGGUCUCGUCUCCUGUAGACGAGGCUCCAAAAACCCCAUCUGCUCCAGAGCAUAUAUCCCGAGCAGAUUCACCCGCAGAAUGCGCGACUGAAGAAAUUGCCAAUAAUGACAAAUCACCACAAGUUUCGAAGGAGUCCUCAAGACCAGCGUCGGUUGCAGAAGACAAAGAUGACGCUGCACUGCCAACAAGUGCAGUGGAUGAGCACAUCACAGAAGUGAAAGAUCUUAGAUCUCCAGUCGCCUCCAAGGAAACUUCCCGCCCGGCAUCUGUGGGAGAGACAGCGUCAUCACCCAUCGAGGAAGCACCCAAAAACUUCGCGGAAUUCGAGCAGGCCGAGAAAGCAGUGCUGCCUUUGACUAUUGAACUAAAAGGCAGUCUCCCUACGUUGUCGAGCCCUGUGGAUGUGGCUCAUGGUGACUUUCCCCAAACAGCAACCCCCACAAGCUCCCCAACUGCAGGCCCAGUCCAACCAGCUGAACUCUCCAAAGUCGGCAUUGAGCAGACAGCAUCAAGUCCGAUAGAUGAGGCUCCGAAAUCCGUAAUUGGAUCUCCGACAGAAGAGCGUCCAGAAUCUCCUGCUGAAAGUGCCAAAAAUGCAGCUGAAUCGGUGGAGGAAUUAAAUAAAGACUCAGCCGAAAAAGCGAAGGAUGCAUCACGUCCACCAUCUGUAGUUGAAAGCACCAAGGCGGAUAGCACGAAAGGGGAUAAUGAGCUAUCCCGGCCGGAAUCGGUGUUGCAAAGUCCAAAAGACGAUGCUCAAAAGUCUAAGGAAUCAUCGCGCCCGCCAUCUGUUGCAGCAAGUCUUACGGGGGAAACCACUAAAGAGGUCUCCCGACCAGACUCUGUAGUAGAAAGCGUUAAGGAUGAGCAUGAUGGGGCAGAGAGCCGUCGAGAGUCAGUUGCUAAAGUGGAAGGGGUUGUUGACGAAGCCGGCGAAUCUACUUCCAAAAGCGCUGGUCAGGAAAGUCAUAAAGAUGAAAAGUCAACUCUGGCGUCGAAAGAAGCCUCUCGAAGAGAAUCCCUCGUGGAAUGCUCAAAAGAUGGUGCUGAAAAGUCUGAAAGCCGUCCAGAAUCAGUCAUCGACAGUGGAAAGCCAGUGCCCAAGGAAUCGAAAUCCCCAAUGGACUCAAAGGAUUCCUCUCGUCCAAGCUCAGUGGUGGGAAGCGUUACAGCCGAAGCUGAAAAAUCUGAACUGCAAUCCCGUCGGGAGUCCGUAGCGGAAAGCGUCAAAGCAGAUAGCAAAAAAGAUGGGAAAUCUCAAGAAGCAUCUCGACCACCCUCUAUCGAGGCACUUCUAAAAGACGAUGAGUCAAAACCGGACAGCAGGCGGGUAUCGAUCGCAGACAGCCUCAAAGCAACGAGUACCAAGGACGAUGGGUCGCCGAUGGCCUCCAAAGAAAUUUCUAGGCCGGAAUCGGUUGUAGAAAGCAUUCAGGAUGAAAAGGAGAAACACGAUAGCCGUCGUGAAUCCAUUACCGAAAGCGUUAAGCCAGACAGCUCCAAGGAUGAAAGAUCUCCCCUCGGCUCCAAGGACGUCUCUAGGCCGGGAUCCGUUGCCGAUAGUGAUAAGGAUAAAGCUGACAAAUCCAAAGAGCCAUCCCGACCAGCAUCCGUCGCGGAGAGCAUUAAGCAUGAAAGUACAAACGAUCAAGAGUCUCCGCUGCAAGAAGAGGCCGAAAAAUCUAAGGAACCAUCCCGGCGAGAUUCCGUCGCCGAAAGCAUCAAGGCAGAGAUCACAAAGGACGAAAGGUCCCCAUCGGCGUCAAAAGAGGAAUCUCGACCUGAAUCCGUCGUAGGAAGCAUUAAAGAUGACAAGGUGGAAAGCCGUCGUGAGUCUGUGGCGGAAAGCGUGAAGCCGGAAAGUUCAAAAGACGUAGCAUCAGCUCCACCUUCAAAGGAACAUUCGCGACCAGAAUCCGCUUUGGAAAGCGUCAAGGAUGAAGGCGAUAAGACCACAAGUCGCCGCGAUUCGGUAGCUGGCAGUUUAAAAGAAGAGAAGUCUCCUCUUGUAUCACAACAAACGUCCCGGCCGGGAUCUGUUGCAGAAAGUGUCAAAGAUGAAGCUGAUAAGUCUAUCGAACCAUCCCGGCCGGCAUCUGCAUCCGAAAGCAUUGCGGCCGCAACCACGCGGGACGAAAAGUCAGCACCAGAAUCUAAGGAAGCUUCCCGGCCAGGAUCAGUGGUGGAAAGUGUUAAGGAUGAGACUGAAAAGUCGAAGGAACCAUCGCGACGGGAGUCAAUAGCUGAGAGUGCCAAGGACUUAAAGCCCGAGAUUGUAUCUACAGAAGUGUCCAGACCCGAAUCCGUAAUCGAGAGUAUUAAAGACGAAUCUGAGAAGUCCGAAAGCCGUCGUGAAUCUGCUGCCGAAUGCAAGAAGGGUGAAAGUGGAAAGUCUUCUGUCGUACCAGAAGAAGCUUCCCGGCCAGAAUCUAAGGCAGAAAGCUUAAAAGAUGCGGCUGCCCCGUCCAGACCAGCUUCCGUUGCAGAAAGUGCUAAGGAUGAAGCUGAGAAGUCUAAGGAAGAAUCUAGGCGAGAGUCAGUAGCCGAGAAAUCACCUUUGGCCUCCAAAGAAGCUUCCAGACCAGCUUCCGUUGCAGAAAGUGCUAAGGAUGAAGCUGAUAAGUCUAAGGAAGAAUCUAGGCGAGAGUCGGUAGCCGAAAAAUCGCCUUUAGCCUCCAAGGAAGCUUCCAGACCAACUUCCGUUGCAGAAAGUGCUAAGGAUGAAGUUGAGAAGUCUAAGGAAGAAUCUAGGAGAGAGUCAGUAGCCGAAAAAUCACCUUUGGCCCCCAAGGAAGCUUCCAGACCAGCUUCCGUUGCAGAAAGUGUUAAGGAUAUCAAGAAUGAUCAAUCUCCACUGGCGUCGAGAGAAGCGUCAAGACCCGAUUCUGUUGUGGAAAGCGUUAAGGACGAAGCUGAAAAGCCAGCAAGUGCAGCAAUCGACAAGUCGAACGAGACAUCUCGGCCCGAGUCUGUGGUAGUAAGUACCAAGGACGAGAAAUCCCCGCUUCCAUCGCGCCCUGAAUCGGUGGCCGAUAAGUCGCCAGCUGCCUCGAAGGAAGCAUCCCGCCCUUCAUCGGUUGCCGAAACCGCCUCAUCACCCAUUGAAGAAGGUCCACGAUCCAUUGCUGACCUCAGUCUGCUCCUUAACUUGACAGGCGAAGCUAAGGGCGAGCUUCCCACUCUCUCGAGUCCCAUCGAUGUGGCAGAAGGAGACUUCGUUGAAGUACAAGGGGACUCCUCCCCUCGGCCAGCUGCACUUUCAAAACCAGCGGAACUUUCCCAAUCGGAUACUGCGCAUACAGCCUCCACUCCCGUGGACGAGGCUUCUCCUGUUCUGGAGGCCAUCGAAGUAGUUGAACAGCAAACCACCUCUGGAGUCGGGGCUGCCAAGGUAACAGCGGAAGCGGACCUGCUUGACCUGACUGAAUCCAAAUCCGAGACGGUAACCAAGCAGUCGGCAACAUCGUUGCUUGAAUCCCUGUCCUCGAAGGUGGAAAGUAAGGUGGAAAUACUGGAGAGCUCGGUGAAGCAAGCUGAAGAGAAAGUAGAGACCUCAGUAAGGCAAGCAGAAGCCACUGUGACCGAUUCCUUGGAGCAACUGACCAAGAAGAGCACUGAGCAGCUGAAAGAGAUGAAAUCAGUUCUGGACACGAACAUCAUCAGCGUAACCACCUUAAUUAGCACUGCAGUGGGGAUCGCUGAACAGAAAGUGCAGGAUGUGACAGAAAAAGUAAUUGAGAAGUCAAGUGAGCACGUUUCCGAGCACAUCACCACUAUAGGGGAAAGCUCAACGGAAACCAGCCAGGAAAAGAGCAGCCUGGAUCUGGGCACAUUCUCGGAGCUGCGCGAAACGCAUAUUACCACCGUGGGAUCACCGGAGUUCACGGUUACGAUCUGCGAGCGCGAUGAGCCCGUGCUGCACGACAUCAAGGAGGAGGACGAGGAGCAUCGCUUCUCGCCUCCAAGCGAUGGGGACAAGACGGGAAUUCUACCACCACAGCCGAUGCGACCACUGUCCCCCCGCGAGGAAGAAGUAGCCAAAAUCGUUGCCGACGUGGCCAAGGUUCUUAAGUCCGACAAGGACAUCACAGACAUUAUACCCGACUUUGAUGAGCGCCAGCUAGAGGAGAAACUAAAGUCAACCGCCGACACAGAGGAGGAGUCCGAUAAAAGUACCCGCGACGAGAAAUCGCUGGAAAUCAGCGUCAAAGUGGAAAUCGAGUCGGAGAAAUCCUCGCCAGAUCAGAAGUCCGGCCCCAUUUCCAUCGAGGAGAAGGACAAAAUCGAGCAAUCUGAAAAAGCACAAUUGCGGCAGGGAAUAUUGGCUAUCAGCCGGCCGGAGUCAGUUGGCAGCCAGCCGGAGUCCGUGCCCUCUCCAUCCCCUUCGGAGUCGGCAGCCAGCCAUGAACAUAAGGAGGCGGAACAGGGACAGGCUAAGGGACAGGCAUCCCCCAUUCCCAGCAAGGAGGAGUCCGAGAGCCAUAAAGCUGAGAAGGCUUCUCGCCCCGAGUCCGCUGCCAGCCAGGUCAGCGAAAAGGACAUGAAGUCAUCGCGCCCAGCAUCUACCACCAGCCAAUUCAGCACCAAGGACGCCGAUGAGGAGACGACUGAGUCGCUACUCCACUCGCUUACUACCACAGAGACAGUUGAGACCAAACAGAUGGAAGAGAAAUCGAGCUUUGAGUCUGUCUCCACUUCAGUCAUUAAGUCCACAGUGCUCUCCAGUCAAUCAGUUCAACUGCGCGAAGAGUCCACCAGCGACUCCUUGAGCAGCAGCCUCAAGGUGGAGGACAGCUCCCGACGCGAGUCGCUCUCCAGCUUGUUGGCCGAGAAAGGAGGAACCACUACCAGCACUAGUUUGAGGGAGGAGACUAGCACCUCGGCAUCUCAGCUGGAGGAGCUGCUUGUGCAGUCCGAGGAGUGCUCAUCAGAGUCAAUCGUUAGCGAGAUUCAAACCAGCAUCGCUCAGAAGUCAACUAAGGAAACCAAGGAUGCAAAGGAAACCAAAGUAACCAGCCUGUUUAGCACUAGCACCAGCAGCGCCACCAAAGACGACAGCUUAAAGGAAACUGUGGCCGAGUUCCUGGCCACCGAGAAGAUUGUCUCCGCCAAGGAAGCCUUCAGCGCUGAAGCGACCAAGUCGGCAGAGGACUGCCUGAAGAAGGCCACCGCCAGCAAUGUCUCCAGCACAACCGCCUCCCAGCGAGCGCUGUUCGUGGGCACGGACGAGUCACGGAGGGAGUCCCUGCUGAGCCAGACAAGUGAGAGCCGGCUGACCCACAGUGAUCCCGAAGACGAGGAACCCGCUGACGACGUCGACGAGCGCUCCAGUGUUAAGGAGAGCCGCUCCAAGUCUAUUGCUACCAUCAUGAUGACCAGCAUCUACAAGCCUUCCGAGGAUAUUGAGCCGAUUUCAAAGGUCGUCGAGGAGGAGCACGAGCACGUAGAAGAGCUGGCUCAGGAGGUCACCUCCACCAGAAAGACCACAACUCUUUUGCAAUCCAGCGAACAGAGCAGCAGCACAACCACCAGCAGCACCAGCAAGACCGGUGCCUCAAGGGUGGAGUCCAUUACUCUCACGCAAAUGGAUCAGCAGACUAGCCAGAGUCAGGCCGAGUCUGCGGAUCGCAAGACACCGCCAACGGCACCAGUGAGUCCCGGCGUCAAGGCGCUGAGCUCUACAGGAUCGGCCGGCUCUGUGAUGGGAGCUGGAGCCGUAGCCGCUGGCGGAAAGUGCGAGUCCAGUGCCGCCAGCAUCGUUUCUUCAUCGGGCCCGAUGUCGCCCAAGGACAUUAGCGGCAAGUCCAGUCCCGGCGCACUCACCUCCGAGAGUCAGUCAAUUCCCACUCCGCUAGGUCGGGAGUCGCAUACGGAUACCCCGGAGUCCUCUCCAAAGCCCACAUCGCCUUUCCCGCGCGUCAGCAAGGACGAGCUUAAGUCUCUGGAAAUUCAGCACCACGAGCAGGAGCAGAUGCUGGCAGGAGCAGCAGCUGCAGCCGCAGCUGAGUGCGAGGCCGAUCUUCCCGAGCUGCACGAACUCCGUGGACUCGAGUGCACCACAGCACUGAGCGGGAGCACCGACAAGAUAAUCACCACCACAAUCACCACGGUGACCAAGGUAAUUUCGGCGGAUGGCAAGGAAAUAGUGACCGAGCAAAAGACGGUGACAACCACAGACAGUUCGGAGCCCGACAGCGAGAAGGUAGUGGUCACCACCACACGCACCACCAGCGAGAGCGAACGCGACCAGCUGCUGCCCAAGGAGGUGGCGCUGCUGCGUGGCCUGUACCGCGCCAGCACCCCGGGCAGCGAGGACGACGAGGACCUGCUGCUGGGCUCCCCGCGCAGCGCCACCAGCUACGAGCUGCAACACUCCAGCUCCGGCGUCAGCAAGCGCUCCGAUCUGGACGCCGACGGCGACGGCGACGAGAGUCAGGACGACAUUCCUCCUCAGUAUGGCAGUGAGGAGCACUCAUCGGCACGAUCGAUUCUGCUGCCUCGCACAGCCGACCCCAUGGCCACCUCCUUUUACGGCGCGCUGCCCGACAGUUUCGACGUUGCGAUCAAGCCCAGCACCGAACCAAUCCCGAUUCAGGGCGCGCCCACCGGCGAUAGCCAGUCGUCGGAGAGCGUGGAGAGCAGUAGCCAGACCUGGGCAGGACACAAGUUCCUCGACCAGGCGGACAAGGACUUCCAGAGGGCACUCGAGGAGCACGUACAGGCGCGCGGCGCCGAGGUCAUGUCUUCCGUCACCGCCAAGUACUCGUACUCGCCCUCAAAGGCCGAGGAAAUGGAACAGAUCGUGAGUAGCACUGCGGAACGGCAGCGCUUCCCGCUUAGCGAUGUCCAGCGGUCCCGAGUGGCGGAGAGUGGCUUUGCCACAGUUGGCAGUGUCGCCUCCCAGCAGCAGCAGCAGGAGAAGAAGGAGGAAGUGGAGGAAGCAGUUCCAACUACAACCGCAAGCACCGCAGCCACAGCCACAGCCACAGCGAGUUCCACUGGAGCCCUGCCCAAGGACCGCCUAGAGGAGUGGGGCAAGCCCCUAGGCCUACCAUCACCAGCACCGCUGCCUGUAGAGGGCGGUGCUGACAUUCGCACCACUCCCAAGAAGGAACGCCGCCUGGUGGCUACCAAGACGCGACUGAACAACGAGAAGAACCUGCGCAAGCGUAGCGAAUCGCCCAACAAGGCCGGCAAGAAGCCGGCGCCCGUCUACGUGGACCUUACAUACGUGCCGCACAACGGCAACUCCUACUACGCCCACGUGGAGUUCUUCAAGCGGGUGCGAGCCCGCUACUACGUCUUCUCCGGCACGGAGCCCAGUCGCCAGGUGUAUGAUGCGCUGCUCGAGGCCAAACAGACAUGGGAGGACAAGGAGUUGGAGGUCACCAUUAUACCUACGUACGAUACCGAUGUGCUAGGCUAUUGGGUGGCUGAAAACGAGGAGCUGCUAGCCAAGCACCGCAUCGACCUCUCGCCCUCCGCGUCUCGUUGCACCAUCAACCUGCAGGACCACGAGACCUCGUGCUCCGCCUACCGGCUGGAGUUCUAGGCCACGGGCUUGUUUAUUGCAUUCGACGAUGACUAAACCAACCCACAACGCACCCAGCCAUAGAAGCAGACGAGCAGAGCACUGCCAGAGUAUUGAGUCCAUGUCCAUGUACGGACUACAAAGUGCAUGGACUCGAGCUCUGACACGACGCGAACCAGGACAAGGACUAGGACUAGGACUAGGACUAGCACCAGCACGACGACGACCACAGCAAGA